AUGGAGGAACAAGAUCGCAUCACAAUCACCAUCUGCGGCGACGGCGGAUGCGGCAAGAGCUCCAUAACCCUGCGCCUCGUACGGUCAGAAUGGACCUCAGACUACGACCCCACCAUCGAAGACUCCUACUCCGUGACCCGCACCGUCGACGGCCACUCGUACUACCUAAUGCUGACCGACACCGCGGGGCAAGAAGAAUACCGCGGCCUCUGGGCCGCCUCGAAUCUGCAAUCCGACGCCUUCCUGCUCGUCUACGACAUCACGUCGCCCAACUCGCUCGACGCCCUCGACUACUUCAUGGAGAUGAUCGACAUGGAGACAGAAAACCGGCUCGACAACAACCGCACCCCGCCCGUCAAAAUCGUCGCCGCAAACAAGUGCGACCUGCAGGCCCAGCGCCAGAUCGAGGCCAAGACGGGGCUGGAAUGGGCCCGCGCCCGCGGCUGCGGCUUCAUGGAGACGAGCGCCCGCGAAAUGGUCAAUAUCGAGGAGAGCUUUGCGCUGCUCGUGCGCCGCGUCGUCGAGGCCCGCGCCAGUGCGGGUAGGCUGCCUGGCGCCCCGGCGCCGUAUGCGCAGACCCCGCGGUUGCCGCCGCAGGGCGAGAAGGCGCCGCGCGUGCAGGACGAGGGGGAGGCGGAUCCGAAGGGGGGGUUCUGGGCUAAGUUGAAGUGCUGGUGA